AACAGAUUUAUUAAAAUAUUUGUAUUUAUAACCCCUUAUUCAAUACAAAUACUUUCAUCAUGGUUAGGGCACUUAAACAUCAUGAACAGAAAUUGUUGAAGAAGGUUGAUUUCCUUGAUUGGAAACAAGAUCAAGGUCACAGAGACACUCAAGUGAUGAGAACCUAUCACAUUCAAAAUAGAGAAGACUAUCAUAAAUACAACAAAAUAUGUGGUGAGAUUAGAAAGCUUGCUCAUAAACUCUCAUUAUUACAACCAACUGACCCAUACAGAAUAAAGCAUGAACAGCUUCUUUUAGAAAAAUUGUAUGCCAUGGGGAUCUUGGCCACUAAAUCCAAAAUCUCAGAUUUGGAAAACAAAGUAACAGUUAGUGCACUUUGUCGUCGUAGAAUUCCAGUUGUCAUGUGCCGUUUGAAGAUGGCAGAAACAGUUGGUGAUGCUGUGACAUUUGUGGAACAAGGUCACGUCAGAGUUGGCCCAAAUGUUAUCACUGACCCAGCAUAUUUAGUGACAAGAAACUUGGAAGAUUACUUGACUUGGGUUGAUACUUCUAAGAUAAAGAGAAACGUUCUUAAGUACAAGAAUAAGAUUGAUGAUUAUGACUUGACUUAAAUGGACCAUGAGGUACUAGAGUGUUAAUUUCCUCCACCACUGUGCUUGUCAAAGAAAAGGAAAAUUAAAGAGAGAAUAAUAAAAAAGUAUAGUUGUUCAAUUCUUAUUACUGCAUCAGCUUCUGUACACUAGACCUUAUAGGUAUCAUUAGAACUAUACUUUUCUUUGUAUAUAUAUACUAUAUAAUAUGCAU